UAUCAUCAUCGUCUCCUCCUAUUUAUGACUGUUUUUGUCAUAUGCGUAUAUUAAAAGAGAAAAGGAAAUGAAGAGUGAAAGAAGAUGCGAUUAGGAAGCAGAGCUCUUCCCACCUGUCUUUCACUCUUCUGACACCGACACCUAUCCGUUUCCUUAAACCCUUAUCUCUGUCAGUCUCUUAUGCCUAAUCUCAACCAUAAUCUUUGCCAUUACGCAUCUUCAUCCCUUUAUUGGAAACUCCGACUAUUCCUGGAAAUGAUUUGAAUUUUCUCGAGAAAAAAAAAAGGAAACAAAACGUCUCUCACCAUCUUUCUCCGUCUUGUCGGCCACGUUUUGUUCUCCGACCUAAAAAAGAAGCUUUUCUAGAAACGCCUUCCAGGAUUUGGAAGUGAGAGAUUGAAUAUGCAGAAGAAACGAGAGAUCUGUGAGUACAGAGAUAAACUAGACAAAACCUUGUCUUCUCCUGAGCUCACCAAUCAUGAGACUCUCAAAUCCCUUCUCAGAAAUCAGCUUUCUUCCUCCAAAGAGUAUAGGGAGGAUAUAUUAGAUAAAAAGGCAGCUGAUGUAUGGAAGCUGCUUAGCACGCUAAGGAGUGUUUCCAUGACAGAUCAUCUUGGAGACAAUGAUGCAUCAUCUUGUGGUGAUUGGAAACUGAAACAAGAUCUCGAAGAUUGCCGUGUUAUGUACCGUGAAGGACUCGAUGGAAGUCCUUUUCACACGAUGCUCGUCGAAGGUUACAUGGAUGCCCCUGUUGAAAACUGUUUGUGCGUUUCGCUGGAAUCAACCCUCUACAAGAAAUGGUGGCCACAGUUCACAUUUCCGCCAUUCAAGGUCUUAAAAAGCACAUGCUUGCAAAAUGUCGGGAUCGGUGAACAAAUAUGCUUAGUGAGGAUGAAGGUACCAUGGCCAUUGGCGGAGAGAGAGAUCAUUGUGCACUUUUUCGUAUUUGAAUACUUCAAAGAUGGACUUGUCGUCAUCCUUAUGAACUCGAUCUCUAAUUUAGAUAGCAUCGGAGUUUCUUCUAAGGAUGUCACCAAGAACGUUAUACCUGAACCAACUGAUGCAGUGAGGAUUGAUCUCGUAGGCGGGUUUGUUUUACAAAAGGUUACUCCUGAGAGGAGUUACUUCAGGACGAUAGGGGAGCUGGAUAUAAAGCUGGACUUUGUGCCUCCAUCUCUUAUGAAUUUUGUAUCUAGGCAGGUCGUCGGUAACGGUUUCAGGCUAUAUAAAAAGUCCGUUGCUUCGGUGGCUAAAUAUGAUGAAGAUUACAGCAGAGCUUUAGCUGAUCCUUUGUACACCAAAAUACGCCAAGCUCUGUAUUCAAUAGAUAAGGCAAUUGAGGAAGAACCAAAGUUGGAAGGCAAUGGUGAAGUGAAUGGCGAUUCUCUGCCAAAGAAAGAACACGAGAAUGAUGAAGGUGCUAGUGAAGAUGAACCUGCUCAUUUCAGAAAAACAGUUACUGAGAUUGAGGAAGAAGAAGAAGAAGAAGAAGACUUUGAGGAAAGCGUUUCUUCAGAGGAGGGGAAUGUAAAUGCCAAGACUCAUGUCGAUGAUAUGGGAAGACGGUUUUGCAUCAGUCCAGAGGUAGAACAAGCUUUAGGGACUCUAGAUAGAGUAAUAUACAUGGUCAGGAAUGCAACGCCGAUCCAAGAAGCUGAGAAAUUGUCGCCAAACAGAGCAGAGAAUCAGACAAAGACAGUCAGUUUGUUAGAGAACAUCAUUGAAAGAACUGUUUCUGAAAGAUCACAAAGGCAAGAUUUUUCAACCUCAACGGUCACACAAGAGGCAAGCAAUUUUAGCCAAGAAGAGAAGAGCGAGAAAGUGACAGGACAAAAGGAUGGGAUCUUAAACAAAGAAUUGCAUUCUUGUUCGCCUUCGUUCUCGGCGAGUUUGGAUUCCAGCGUUCUUCUCCGUUGCAGCGGAAUUAAAGUCGAGCGGAACUUGAUGGAGUCAAAGAUCACGAGCGCGUCUGCUCCAACAAAGCCUUUCUUCUGCUUGAAAUGGCCGUGGGAUUCAAACAAACAACCGAAACCUUCAAGCGUCUGCGACUUCCAAGGACCGUGGCUUUUCAGAUCUAUGCAAAGUGUUGGUUCAAUCGCUCUCAGCUCCUUCAAUUCAUUCGGCUUUGGUCAUGGAGUCACUGGACCAAAGAAGAAGCCAUUAAGUAGUUAUGAGCAAGGAGAAGCAGAGCAGAGGGCUUUUGCAGCUGCGUUAGCCAGCGAGAAAGAAGCCACAGUGCUUGAGUUUUACUCGCCUAAAUGCAGACUCUGCAAUUCUCUGCUCAAUUUUGUCUUAGUGGUAGAGAAGAGGAAUUCGAACUGGCUCAGCAUAACCAUGGCAGAUGCAGAGAAUGAGAAAUGGUUUCCUGAGCUUCUCCACUAUGACAUAAAGUAUGUUCCUUGCUUUGUUCUGCUGGACAAGAAUGGACAAGCAUUGGCCAAAACAGGAGUUCCAAGUAGUCGUGCGCAUGUCAUUGCCGAUGUUUUGUUGUACAGAUCAAAUCUCUUUCUUUUUUUUGUUUUGCUCUUUUUGAAUGUCAAGGAAUCUAUCCUUGUGAUUAGAUCUUACAGAGACGGUAAGUUAAAAUGGAACACGACGAUGUCUCCAGAGCCUGAACCUGAACUCUGUCUCUCUUUCCCGUCACCGAUGAACAGAACAAAGAAGCUGGUGGCUUCAAUCUCCACCCUUUUAACAAGACGAACCUUUUCUUCAGACUUCCGGUGCAAUCCACUCGCAACGAUUGCGAUUAAUUCACAACCUCACUUCAGCCGCGAUUCUCUGAAACCUCCUUCUUCAGCUAAAACCCUGGCGAUUUCCGUUAAUUGGCUCCGAUUUUCCGGGAGAGCGUUUUGCUCGGACAGGAGAAGCUCCGUGUGCUGGAAUUGUGGUUUCUCGUCUGCGUUUUUGUUCUGCGACUCGUGCCGCAGCAUUCAACCUGUUGAUGAUUCCGUCGAUUAUUUUCAGAUUUUUGGCCUGGAGAACAAGUAUGAGUUAGAUGCUGGAAGCCUUGAAAGCAAGUACAAAGACUGGCAAAAGAAGUUACAUCCAGAUUUAGUUCACAACAAAUCCAAGAAAGAAAGAGAUUACGCAGCUGAACAGUCUGCAAAGGUGACUGAAGCAUUGCGGACGUUAACCAAGCGGCUGUCAAGAGCUAUCUAUAUCAUGAAGCUUAAUGGCAUACAUAUCAAUGAAGAAGAAACACUAACAGAUCCAGAAUUGUUAAUGGAGAUUAUGGAACUCAGAGAGGCCAUAACAGAAGCAAAUGAUUCAAACGCGCUAAACCACAUCCGAUCACAGGUGCAAGAGAGACUGAAGCAGUCUUCCGACUCUUUUGUCGAAGCCUUUGAAAGCCAGAGGUUUGAUGAAGCUGUUAAAUGCAUACAGAGAAUGACUUAUUAUGACCGAGCCUGUGAAGAAAUUGUCAAGAAGCUAUGAGUCAGCAACUAGCCCUUCCUCAAAAUUUAUACUUUUUUUUUUAUGUUUUGCCUAAAAGCCUCACACGGUCACAUUUGAAAGGAACGAAACAUAGCUUAUAACUAAAGUAUCUUAGCUUCAUGCUUUUUUGUAAUAAGAGCAUUGAAUAGAUUCGUUGCUAAGAAAAAGAUUUUAUUUGGUCCA